AUGGGCUAUGAAAAAUCGGUUCGCCUCCUUGGGUUCGGUGCAGUAGUGCUCGGGGUGCCUGUGAGUUUCCGAUUCGGCUAUCCUGGAAACCAGCGGUGCUGGGGGGAUGGCUAUGACUUCUUCUACUGCUGUGAGCUGAGUCCGGCCACUCGCGAGAGCUGUUGGAAGGGCGGCUGGACUUUCAACGCGUGCUGUUUCUCGGAGAUCACAUGGGUGGUCGGAUUUCCUGGAAAUGUUUCCUGCUGGGACCCGGAUCCCAUCAAGCAGCUGAGCUUUCAUCGCUGUUGUGACCGCUCAUUGGGGUCGCCACCGACGGGCCACUGUUGGCACGGGGGGCGAAGUUUCGAAACGUGCUGUUACCGUGAUCCUUAUGUUCAAGAGCAUAUCCGUCUACCCAUUGAUCGUGCAGUACAACAUCCCGGCAAGCCAGAUUGCUGGACCAAAGAGUUCGAUUUCGACAUAUGUUGCAAUGAGCGGCUACGAGCCCAAGACUCUAUGCAUUUCUGCUGGGAUGAUGUGCACACGUUCGAGAGCUGCUGCUUUCGCCUCCUGUCUGACAGCGAUCCGCAGCGAGGCAGCUUCAUCGCCGGGCUGGCGCAUGGCGCAUCGAGCAAUGCUAAAGGCAUAGGGGAGUUUCUGGAAGUGGCACAUUCCAUCCUUCCGGAUGGUCGGCCAGCGUCCGACAUAGUCGCUGGCGCAUUCGUUGCAUCAAAAGGAUGGACAUAUCACGUCCCGUUGGGUAUUUACCUCGCCCCUUUGCGGGACUUACCUGUGAAGGUACUGGAAAUUGGACUGGGCUGCGGUACCGGGCAGUCAGCAUCAGGAGGACCCGGUGACGGUUUCUGGGCAGGCUACACCAAGGCUGCGGAAGGUGGUGGAUUCCCACCAGGCGGUAGUAUGCGGAUAUGGCAGAAGUGGUUUCGCCAUCCUGAUGUGCAGUUGUGGUCAGCAGAGAUUGACCCCAAAUGUGUCGCAGAUGCAAUGAGCGACGGCUUGAAAUUCAAUUUGUUGAUGGGAGACCAAUCGGACCCGGAAACGCUCCGACACUGGAUUCAAACGGCUGGUGGACACUUUGAUGUGGUGAUCGACGACGCUGCGCACUCGAAUGCAGCCACACGAACAUCCUUCCAAGCCUUGUGGCCGCAUGUCCAGCCUGGAGGGAUCUACGUCAUAGAAGAUCUCGUCUGGAGCCGCAACCCUCGAGUGCAAGGUGCCCAAAACAAGGAAGUAAAGCCUUUUGUCGACACCAUCAAGGAAUGGAUUGAUCAGCUGCUCAUCGACCCAGCCCAGACCUUUAGCGGAGCUUCUGAUGCGAAGUUUGAAGAAUCACAACUCGGAUCGUCACAAGCUGAAGUGAUUGAAAAGCGUUUCCCUGAGCUUCUCAGCAAAGACAACGUUUACCACGUGCAGGACCCUCUACCAUUAGGAGUGCAGUUUAUCAACUGCUUCACGGCUAUCUGCGUGAUUGGGAAGAAGGUGCUCCAGACAAAGUUUUCUAACCUCUUCCUGCAGUAG